CUAGGGCAAUGACACUUUGGCAAGGAUUUGUAGUUUUAGCAAUUAUUUCGAUUGCUAACAAUGGUCAAGUUAUGGGUGCUUCAAAUAUUACAACAACGAUCAGCAAUCUUUUCAAGAAACUCCAGGAUAUGCAAGCAACAAGAUACAAUCCAGGAAUUCCGCCAUUAAUUUGGACAAAAUUUUCCGGGGUUUAUGAAAGUGACGUCAAAAUGUACUUUCACGGUGCUCCCGAGGACUCCGCCCUUCGGUACUCCUUUGGAGUGUUUGAUAAUAACAUGUUCGCCACAGCUUGGGUAACAACUUGUCUGAUUGAAGCACACAAAUAUGGGAAGGCACCAAAGCCAACAACUCAAAUGCUAGACUUAGCCAUUAACUUCAUAAUGGAUCAUCGAAACAAAAACGCAAAAUAUAAUAACUCUAUUAUGGCAUUUUGGCCCCAGCUCUAUGAUGAAACAUAUAAGGAUUAUACCAGUACCCCUGUUAAUCUGCUUGGUCUUUUUAAUACCACUUAUCUGAUAGACUGGGAUCCAAUUUACAAAGAGCUCGAUUCUCUUGGUCUCCAACACGUCACAGAAACCAUCAAGCAUCUCUUGGAAAGAAGGGAUGGAUACCGGCACGUUUUUCACAUCCCUCCAGAUUUUGACGACACUUCCGUAAAUUUGGGUUUAGGUUCACUUCUGAAGGAGUACAUCACCGACUUCCCAGAUUCGUCUGUUUUGUGGCAAACCCAGAAUUCAAAUCUUUCAUCUAUCUUUAAUGCGUUGAAACACUACGCCUAUAAACCCACAACAAACGAUUCGAGGGUGAAUACGAUAGACACGCGAACGUACUUCUAUAUGAGACGUUUCCUACAAAGCGCAAAGUCAGAAAGAAAACCAGUUGCAUUGAUUACCACUUGGAUUCAAGACUUUAACGACCUUAAAACUGAGUAUAACAAAGGUGUAGUAACACCUGGUGACGUAAACAAUGUUGACGUCACGGUGUCUGCGAAUGCUCUGUAUGGAAUCACAAACAGCAUUCUGUCUGGUCUUGUGACGACCGAAAUUCUCGAGGAUCCCGAAAUACAGCAAAUCUACUUGAACACUUCCACCAUGAUCACCUUCCAGAUAAACACGAACUUCUCUUCUCGUCCAGAUCUCGCGUUAACUUACUACCCAUCAGUAAUGGAAUUUUACUGGUUUGUGGCAAGGACAUAUAAUCUUUUGAAUCGCAGAUACCGUACCGGUGGUCUACCACAUCCUGCAAUGACAACAGUAUUGCAUGAGUUAGAGGAGGCUUUAUGUGGAACAAUGACAAAAUCUGUUAUCAAAGAAGCCACCUUUGUAAAUGAAAACGUGGCGUAUUAUGAUGAUUUUCUUGGAAAUGGUGACGUUGACGAAAAUGGUCAACACGUAAAAUAUGGCGAAGAUCGUCUUUUUACGACCUCUAUGGCUAUAAAUGCUCUUAUUACAACUUGGACUCUUUUCAACGUCAAAACUGGUCAGCUGCAUUGGAACGUAGAAACUCCAGUCGAUGUAAAGAAGGUAGUAUCAGCUUCGGUGUCUUACCUAAAUGAACACAUCCUCAGUGGAGAAUACAAGCCAUGGAACACAUUUUUCUCAGGAUCAGUCAAAGGGCAUGAAAUAACAUCUUCCUCUCGGUAUCCAAACAAUCGAAAUGGAUACAUUAAUGGAACAAAAAUCCACAUACGGGGCAUGGAGGGCGUGGUCAAUGACACGUGGUAUGAACAGCAACUCAAGACUCUCAAGUCACCCAUUGAUUUCCAUGGAUUCAACAGCUACCCAGAUUACUUCCCUUUCUGGUGUUCAGAACCAUAUACUUACGUCACUAGUAUGUUAGCCCUUUCAACGUUUAAUAACAUUGCAGAGAAUGAUGUAUGA